UCGAGAGAGCGAGAGAAAGAAAGAGAGAGAAAGAGGGAGAGCUAGCUCACGACUUUCCCGAGGUUUGGGGCUGCAUUCGAUGAUCCUGCGUUCGGCCAGUUCAGUCGUCGAACGGCAGGCGGUGUGAACGCUCAAAAACUCUCCUCCGCGAGCCAAACAGCAUCCGCCGAAGAACGAACCAUACGCAGUCGUUGGCGGCGUUCCCGUGAUUGCUCGCGUUUCUCGGCCGCGUAGUGUGCUCCCGCGUCCCUCGUCCUUGCGUGUGACGAUCCCUUCCCUUCACGGGUGCAUCCGCAAGUGCAUUGUAAUCGCAUUGUAAUGCUACCUACCCCACACCCAGUAAUGUGCAGUGAUUGUGGCGGCUGGUGACGUGCUUCGAUGACGGUGAACGAUAACGGUGUGCCAAAGAGCGAUGUGUAAAGCGAUCCCGUCGCACAAGUGAGAUUGAUAACGGCAUCAUUCAUACAGGAGGGCCGUCCGGAGGGCGAAGACGUACCUAGCCUGCAGCGUCACCACUGACGUAAAGUGGGUAGGAGCAACCCGUGCGCAGAGGGCAAACGCACCACCGGCGAGGCGAGGGAGUGCCCACGUAGUACGUGACGACCGUCGGCGGUCGCGUCGGAUGCGUCCGGACGCUACCGGUGCCACGGUGCGACUAUGUACGGGCUGCUGCUCGAGAACCUGUCCGAAUACGUGAAGGCCGUCUACGGGGAGGACAAGUGGGAUGACAUCCGCCGGCAGACGGGCAUCUCGUCGCCCUCGUUCAGCGUCCACGAUGACUACGACGAGAAUCUGCUCAACGUGCUGGCGACGAAAGCGCAAGAAAUUCUCGGUAUAUCGGAGCGUGACUUCAUGGACCAGAUGGGCGUGUACUUCGUCAACUUUGUCAGCCAGUACGGGUACGAUCGGGUGCUGUCCGUGCUGGGCCGCCACAUGCGCGACUUUCUGAAUGGGCUGGAUAAUUUGCACGAGUAUCUCAAGUUCUCCUACCCGCUGAUGCGUGCGCCCAGCUUCAUCUGCGAGAAUGAGACGCGCCACGGCCUGACGCUCCACUAUCGGACCAAGCGCAAGGGCUUCGUUUACUACACAAUGGGCCAAAUUAGGGAGGUGGCGCGCCACUUCUACCAUAAAGAUAUGCAAAUCGAGCUGGUCAAAUCGGACCUGCUGGGCGAAACGAAUCACUACACGUUUCAGCUGACGUUCGACAACCGGGCCUUCUCGCUGGCCACCCUGGCGAUGACGCGCGAAGAGAAGCACCUGCCCAUUAGCGCCUCGGUACUGUUCGAGAUAUUCCCCUUCUGCAUCGUGUUCGGGUCAGAUAUGGUGGUCCGCAGUAUAGGCAACUCGCUCAUGGUAAUCCUGCCCGAUUUGCUGUCGAAGAAGAUCACCGAUUGGUUUGAGCUGCGACGGCCGCUGAUAGCAUUUAAGUUCCAAACGAUACUCAACCGCACCAACAACAUCUUUGAGCUGGUUACGGUACAGUCGGUGAAGAAGCGCCCCGAAAACCAGCGCAAAACCGAGCUCGUCCUGUCGGAGGAGGAAGAGGAGGAGGAGGUGGAGCGGCGCCUGCGGCUCAAGGGCCAGAUGAUCUACAUGGAGAACUGGUACAUGAUCAUGUUCCUCGGUACGCCCGUCAUGCCCAAGCUGACCUCGCUCAUCAGCACCGGGCUGUACAUCAACGAUCUGUCAAUGCACGACUUUAGCCGUGAUCUCAUGCUCGCCGGUACGCAGCAAUCGGUCGAGCUCAAGCUGGCCCUCGACCAGGAGCAGCAAAAGUCGAAAAAGCUGGAAGAGUCGAUGCGCAAGCUGGACGAGGAGAUGCGCCGCACGGAUGAGCUGCUCUACCAGAUGAUCCCGAAGCAGGUGGCGGACCGGUUGCGGCGGGGCGAGAACCCGAUCGACACCUGCGAGAUGUUCAACAGCGUCUCGAUCCUGUUCUCCGAUGUGGUCACGUUCACCGAGAUCUGUUCCCGCAUCACGCCGAUGGAGGUGGUCUCGAUGCUGAACGCGAUGUACUCGAUCUUCGACACGCUGACCGAGCGGAACAAUGUCUACAAGGUAGGUUUUGCCGAUGGUUUGUAUGUGGACUGUGCUGAUCUACUGAAUCGCUUGCAGGUUGAAACGAUCGGCGACGCGUACAUGGUCGUGUCGGGCGCUCCCGCCAAGGAGCAGAACCACGCCGAAAAAGUCUGUGAUAUGGCCUUGGAUAUGAUCGAGGCAAUAACGGAUUUGAAGGAUCCUUCCACAGGAACUCAUCUUCGUAUACGGGUCGGUGUCCACUCGGGCGCCGUGGUGGCCGGUAUCGUCGGGCUGAAGAUGCCCCGGUACUGUCUGUUCGGCGACUCCGUCAACACGGCCUCCCGCAUGGAGUCCACCAGCCAGGCGAUGCGAAUACACAUAUCGGAGUCGACCAAGCAUUUGCUGUCGGCGAACUAUCGCGUCAGCGAGCGGGGCGAGAUCGACGUCAAGGGCAAGGGCACGAUGAAGACGUACUGGCUGGACUAUCGCGAGAACCGGCCCCCGCUGCAGCUGCUGGACGAGGAAAUUAAAACGCCCGCGAUCGAGUACGACCCGGGCAAGGAUCGGCGGGUCAGCAUUCCGUCCUGUAUGUUCUCGCAGCCGGCCCACAAACAGUCGCUCGGCGGACUCAGCUCGGCCGGGCUCGAGGAUCGGCGCGUCUACUCGCCGGUCACGUUCGAGGAUGUGGCGCGGCGCAGCAUCGCCAACUCGCCGGUCAAGCUGCACGCGUUCGGGCCGCGCGGUCGCGAAAAUCGAUCCAACUCGACCGGGCACGCGUUCAUGCACAGCGUGUCGGACGUGUUCGGUUCGCUCGUGAACGAUACGGAGGAGUUCCUGGAGGAUCUGCAGCACCGCAACUCGAUCAGCAACACGCUGUACUCGGCCUCCACGCCGUCGCCCUGUCCGUUCAGCCCGCCGGCACAGUUUCGCACGAAAUCAAAGUCCUGCUACCAGGCGCAGUUCAUGGAUAAGGAUCACGAGCUGCUGUCCGGAGCAAGCAAAGCGUUACUGCAGGAAGUACCGAAAAAGCCCAAGGGCAUCCUGGCGAAAGCGCAAACCGUCGAGCACGGACCGGCCGCCCCGUGCGAGCACAAAGCGAAGGCCCGCAAAGCCAAGCUGGACGCGGUGAAGCAGCAGCAAACGAAGGCGCUGGAAAAGCUCGACCAGAUGGUGCAGGAAAUCUACGACGCGGACCUGCCCGGCAUGUGCUUCGUCAAUCCGCCCGGUUCCCGGUCGGACGGCAACAUCUGCCAGUCGAACAGUUGCACCCUCGGUAGCAGUAGGUCCGUAGUGGACGCGAGCACUAGCGACACCGCUUCCACCACCACCACCGCCUGUAACGCACUCUAUACACUUAACCUUUACUUUCCCGUUUCAUGUUCACCCGGGUGUGCUUGUGGGCUUGUGCCCGACCACUGCAGCCGACCGCAGGCCGUCCCUUCGUCCCAUUUGGGCGCAGGGCAACCGGGCCCGUCCGGCAGUGGUUUGCCGGGGGCGGCGGGUGCCGGCCCUGGUCCUGGUGCACCCGUCUGCGAGCUGCAUGCCCAUCUGGCCCCGCGGCACUGUCACGGUUGCGAGCCGGUUGCCGGCAAGGUACCGCAGAGCAUGAGCUUUCAACACCCGAAAGAGCACAAGUGCUGCCCGGCGGCAGCGGCCACCGCGUACGCCACCCACGGUCAGAACGGACGACACAAAGUGCACUCGAACGCUUGUCACAUUCUCUAGGAAUGUCCCCUGCCCCGGUAGUGGACCCGUUGUAGUGGGUUUGCUGUAGUAGCGCACGUACACAUCCCUAGAGUUGCAUCAUAGGUGUUCGGUGCAAUGCUGCGACACUUACGACGAAAGCUUUAACCGAACCCAAAACCGGUCAAGUAAGAUGUUUCUAUUUGUCUGUAACUGUUUUUUACGUUUUUUUUUUUCUAGACAAAUGACCGUAAGGUUUGUACGGGGGCACGGUCUAGCUGCACGUACCUUGCAUGUUGUGCAUACUUAAAGUGUUUAAACUCGCGCAACUUAACCCCGGCGGGCUAAUAUUAUGUGUACACGGGAGGGAAUCAGUAGCUUAAGCGGAUCGUUGUUCUAGUGAUAUUGUGUCCAUAA